AUGGAGUUUGAGCUGAGCUGGGUUGUCCUUGUUGCUAUUUUACAAGGUGUCCAGUGUGAGGUGCAGCUGGUGGAGUCUGGGGGAGGCCUGGUGCAGCCAGGGGGGUCUCUGAGACUCUCUUGUGCAGUGUCUGGGUUCACCUUCAGUAGCUAUGCCAUGAGCUGGGCGCAGGCUCCAGGGAAGGGGCUGGACUGGGUCUCAGGUAUUAGUAGUGGUGGCAGCACAUACUCUGCAGACUCUGUGAAGGGCCGAUUCAUCAUCUCCAGAGACAACUCCAAGAACAUGCUGUAUCUGCAAAUGAACAGCCUGAGAUCUGAGGACACGACCGUGUAUUACUGUGCGAGGGACAGACAUUUUGAUUUGCAUUUCUCUAAUGAUUAUGAUUACUAUGGUAUAGACAUCUGGGGCCAAGGGAUCUCUGUCACCGUCUCCGCAGGGAGCCCGUCUGCCCCGACUCUCUUCCCCCUGGUCUCCUGUGUGAGCGCCCUGUCUGAUGAGAACCCGCUGGUCCUGGGCUGCCUGGCCCGGGACUUCCUGCCCAGCUCCAUCAGCUUCUCCUGGAGCUACCAGAACAAAAGCGAGAUCAGCGGCCAGAGCGUCCAGAGCUUCCCGGCCGUCCUGAGGGAGGGCAAGUACGCGGCCUCCUCCCAGGUGCUCCUGCCCCCCUCAAGCGUCCCCCAGGGGCCCGAAGAGCACCUGCUGUGCAUAGUCCAGCACCCCAACGGCAAACAGUCCGUGCAAGUGCCUGUCCAAGUAAGGUUAGAUCCACUGCCUCCCAACGUGAGUGUCUUCAUCCCCCCCCGAGACGCCUUCUCCGGCACUCCCCAGCGCACGUCCAGGCUCAUCUGCCAGGCCACAGACUUCAGCCCCAAACAGAUCUCCUUGUCCUGGUUUCGUGAUGGAAAGCGGGUGGUGUCUGGCACCAGUGAAGGCCCGGUGGAGACUGUACAGUCCUCGCCCGUGACCUUCAGGACCUACAGCAUGCUGACCAUCACGGAGAGCGACUGGCUCAGCCAGAGCGUGUUCACCUGCGAGGUGGAGCACAGCGGGAUGACCUUCCAGAAGAACGUGUCCUCUGUGUGCGGCCCCUCCGAUGUCACCAUCAGGAUCUUCACCAUCCCCCCGUCCUUCGCUGGCAUCUUCCUCACCAAGUCAGCCAAGCUUUCCUGCCUGGUCACAGACCUGACCACCUAUGACAGCCUGAGCAUCUCCUGGUCCCGCAACGGCGAGGCCCUGCAGACCCUCACCAACAUCUCUGAGAGCCACCCCAAUGGCACGUUCAGUGCCGUGGGUGAGACCUCUGUGUGCGUGGAGGACUGGGAGUCUGGAGACGGGUUCACGUGCACGGUGACCCACACAGAUCUGCCCUCGCCGCUGAAGCGCACCAUCUCCAGGCCCAAAGAGGUCGCCAAGCACAUGCCGUCCGUGUACGUGCUGCCACCAGCGCGGGAACAGCUGAGCCUGCGGGAGUCCGCCUCCGUCACCUGCCUGGUGAAGGGCUUCUCGCCCGCGGACGUGUUCGUGCAGUGGCUGCAGAAGGGGCAGCCCAUGUCCUCCGACAAGUACGUGACCAGUGCCCCGGCGCCCGAGCCCCAGGCCCCCGGGUUGUACUUCGUGCACAGCAUCCUGACAGUGAGCGAGGAGGACUGGAACAGCGGGGAGACCUACACCUGCGUCGUGGGCCACGAGGCCCUGCCCCACAUGGUGACCGAGAGGACCGUGGACAAGUCCACCGAGGGCGAAGUGAGCGCCGAGGAAGAAGGCUUCGAGAACCUCAACACCAUGGCCUCCACCUUCAUUGUCCUCUUCCUCCUGGGCCUCUUCUACAGCACCACGGUCACCCUGUUCAAGCAAGCCCAGCCACAGGAGGGCUUGUCCGACCUUGGGAGUGCCUGGUGUGUGCGGGUGGGACUCAGGAGGGGCGCCCAGCGCGUGUGCAGCUACCGCGCGCCCUGCAGACGUAUUUUUCAAGACCGCUUUUCAGAGCCCCAGGCUGGGCCCGGUGUGGCUGAGCCAGGGGCACUGAGGGCGCCACUGCCCCAGAGGGAAGGCGGGGCUGCCCGGACCCCCGACCGACCGGCAGGGCACGAGAGACCCUUCUCACGCCCCCUUUCUCUUUUGUCCUCUCUCGGGUCCUCAGGGAGCCCGUCUGCCCCGACUCUCUUCCCCCUGGUCUCCUGUGUGAGCGCCCUGUCUGAUGAGAACCCGCUGGCCCUGGGCUGCCUGGCCCGGGACUUCCUGCCCAGCUCCAUCAGCUUCUCCUGGAGCUACCAGAACAAAAGCGGGGUCAGCGGCCAGAGCGUCCAGAGCUUCCCGGCCGUCCUGAGGGAGGGCAAGUACGCGGCCUCCUCCCAGGUGCUCCUGCCCGCCUCAAGCAUCCCCCAGGGGUCCGAAGAGCACCUGCUGUGCAGAGUCCAGCACCCCAACGGCGACCAGUCCAUGGAAGUGCGUCUCCCAGCAUCGAAGCGGACUCCACCCCCCACGGUGUCCUCUGCGACGUCCCGGUCAGAGGGCUCCGCCCCAGCCCUAACCACUCCGAGGACCCCAGAGUGCCGGAACCACACCCAGCCCCCCAGGGUCUACCUGCUGCGCCCUCCCCUGCAGGACCUGUGGCUCCAAGGUGAGGCCAACUUCACCUGCCUGGCGGUGGGGGGCGACCUGCAGGCGGCCCGCUUGUCCUGGGAGGUGGCCGGGCAGCCCCAGAGCGGGCACAAGGAGGAGGCGCCCACAGAGCACACCAACGGGUCCUGGAGCCGGAGCAGCCACCUGGCCCUGUCCAGGGCCUCGUGGGCCAAGGGGACGCCCGUCACCUGCACGCUGAGUGGCCCCGGCCUGCAGUCCCCGGUGACUCUGGCGGCACAGAGAGAACACGAGGCCUCGGCACCCAGCAAGCCUGCCGUCCGCGUCCUGACCGUGCCCGGUCCACUGCCCCCUGCCGAGGCGGCCCCCUGGCUCCUGUGCGAGGUGUCCGACUUCUCACCGCCGGGCGUCCUCCUCACCUGGCUGGAGGGCCGGCGCGAGGUGGACCCUUCUUGGUCCGCCACGGCGCACCCCGCGGCCCAGCCUGGGAACUCCUCGUUCCACACCUGGAGCGUCCUGCGCGUCCCCGCCUUCCCGGGCCGUGCGGCUGCCACCUACACCUGUGUGGUCGGGCACGAGGCCUCCCGGACGCUGCUCGGCACCAGCUGGAGCCUGGGCGCCGGUGAUCUGGCCACCCUGCCCCCCCGGAGCCAGGACGAGAGCGGUGACGACUACUCAGAGCUGGAGGACACGGGCCGCCUGUGGCUCACCUUCGUGGCCCUCUUCCUCGUCACUCUGCUCUACGGCGGCUUCGUCACCUUCAUCAAGAGGCCUCCAGCCCCACCCCUGACCCCCACUCACUCUCCUCUGCCCACGGCAGAGCCCAGCCCCCGACACAGAGAGGAGGGCAUCGGGAUACAGGGAGGUCAGAGGACCCAGAAGGCUGAGGGCAAACAUCCGAGGACGGGGGCCGGCAGGGUCCGGGCAUGUAUCGGGGAGCUGCCACGACGAGGAAGCUGGGAGAGCCCCCUGCACCGAAGGAAAUGUGGACCUCAUUCCACAUGUUGGGGCUGGAAGUCAACAACACAUCUCACCCUCAACGCACCCGCCACCACACGUCUGGCUGGCGGGCUGGACAUGGCCCCGAAGACCUCCCGAUCCCUGAAGCCUGUGAGUGGGGACUGUGCAGAUGACUACGCCCGGGAUCCUGAGAUGCGCGAGGGUCCCAGCCUCUCGGCCCAGCGCCAUCACCAGGUCCUCACAAGGGGGAGGCACGGGGGACCUGGCACAAAGAGGAAGGGCCUGUGA